UCAUAAAUCCAUUAAAUUCGCUCCGACUCUUCUCCGUCUCACCCUCAACCUCGGUUUCCUUCAGCUCGGAGACCCCAAGAGCCUGAAGCCAAACCCCCUCCAAUUCCGGCGUCAAUUAUCCUAUUAGAGAUUUUAGUAUUAGAUUACUACUUAGUUUGUUUUGUUUUUGGUUAUUGAAGCAUCCACACAGUUCUUGAGCUCGCAGCAACGUCGCCAUGUCUGGGCCUCUGGAUCGAUUCGCCAGGCCCUGUUUUGAGGGGUUUUCUAGCCAUGAGGAAAAGAGAGAGAGGAGUGAGGAGAGGAGAGAGAGGAAGUCGGACUUUGAGAACUCGGAGGAGGAUAGGAGGACCAGAAUUGGAUUGUUGAAGAAGAAGGCGAUCAAUGCGUCUAGUAAGUUCCGGCAUUCGUUGAAGAAGAAGAAGAGGAGGAAGAGCCUUGGCCGCUACCCUUCGAUUGAGGAUGUGCGAGACGCCGAGGAGCUGCAGGCCGUUGAUGCAUUUCGACAGGCGCUUAUAUUGGAGGAGUUGCUGCCUCCAAAGCAUGAUGAUUAUCACAUGCUGUUGAGGUUUUUGGUAGCGAGGAAGUUCGAUAUAGAGAAAGCAAAGCACAUGUGGGCCAACAUGAUUCAAUGGAGGAAAGAUUUUGGUACUGACACGAUUUUGGAGGAUUUUGAAUUUAGCGAGAUGGAUGAAGUUCGGAAGUACUACCCUCAAUGCUACCAUGGUGUCGACAAGGAGGGAAGACCUGUAUAUAUUGAAAGAUUGGGGAAAGUUGAUCCCAAUAAGCUUCUGCAAGUGACUUCUAUGGAGCGAUAUGUGAAAUACCAUGUGCAGGAAUUUGAAAAGAGUUUUACCAUUAAGUUUCCAGCCUGCUCUAUUGCUGCAAAGAGGCAUAUUGAUUCAAGUACAACGAUCUUAGAUGUUCAAGGCGUGGGAUUUAAAAACUUUACCAAGUCUGCACGAGAUCUCAUCCAGCGACUGCAGAAGAUUGACAAUGAUAACUACCCUGAGACACUUUGCAGAAUGUUUAUAAUUAAUGCUGGUCCAGGUUUUAGGCUGCUUUGGAAUACUGUUAAAACUUUUCUUGAUCCCAGAACAACCACCAAAAUUCAUGUUCUGGGUAACAAGUACCAGUCAAGAUUACUUGAAGUAAUUGAUGCAAGUGAGUUGCCAGAAUCUCUGGGUGGUAAAUGCACCUGUUCCGAUGCAGGAGGUUGUAUGAGGUCUGACAAGGGGCCAUGGAAGGAUCCCAACAUAUUGAAGAUGGUACUUAGUGGCGAGGCGCAAUGUUUCAGACAAAUAGUCACAGUUUCAAACGGUGACGGGAGGAUAAUUGCUUCUGAUAAGCCACGUUUUGUAAAUAUGAGAAGUAGUGACACGUCUACUGCGGAGUCAGGUUCAGAAGUUGAAGAAAUGGCUUCACCCAAAGCAACUAGAAGUUACCUGCAGCCUAAGUUGACUCCUGUUUGUGAAGAAGCUAGGGCGGCUGGGAAAGGAAGUGGUGCCUGCGGGUUGUCUGAGUACGAUGAAUAUGUUCCCAUGGUUGACAAAGCUGUGGAUAUGGGGUGGAAGCAACAAGUUGUGCAACAAAGUACACUUCAUCCUGGAGGGGCAUCUUCUCUGCAACUUGAGGAAAAGACACCAAGUGGAAUUUUUGCUCAUGCCUGGACUAGGAUUACGGCAUUCCUUCUUACCCUCGUUACUCUCAUGCAUACUGUUUCCUUUCACACGAAAAAACUUCCACACUCAGUUUUGAAUUCCAACCAAAUUGAACCUGCCCCGACUUCUGAAUCAAUUCAAAACGAGGAGUUUCGGCCUCCAUCACCGGCCCCAGGGUUGACCAGGGUAGAUCUUCUCUCAUCCGCUUUGCGAAAACUUGGUGAACUUGAAGAGAAGGUAGACAUGCUACAAGCAAAGCCUUAUGCAAUGCCUCACGAAAAAGAGGAGUUGCUGAAUGCUGCUGUUUGUCGUGUGGAUGCAUUAGAAGCAGAGUUGAUUGCAACAAAGAAGGCUCUGCAUGACGCUUUAAUGAGGCAGGAAGAACUUCUUGCAUACUUGGACAGGCAAGAACAGGCCAAACUUCGGAAAAAGAGGUCUUGCUGGUGAAGACAGUAUCUGGCCUUUCUUGGUGGUGUGUGUUGUCUGGCUUUGCAUGCAAGUUUGAGGUGUCUACAGUGUGCAGAAUUAGUUUUCCAAAGUUGCCGCUGGUUCUGUUAUGAGCCCUCUUAUUGUAAGUCUACAUUAUUGUAAAUAUCGAAUAGUACUGUUCAAUAGUGCCAAGGUCUUCUGUGCUGUGUGUAUGCAAUCUACGGUCAUUCUGGGUCGUUACAGUCUUGUAUCAAAUUUUACCACAUAAGUACUUGUUGAAUUGUUUGGUUUGGAAACGUAAAGAUGAAAUGGA